AUGGCCACAAUCACCUCCUUCAACGCUUAUUUCAAUAGCAGAUUUGCUGCCUAUAAACGCAGGCCCAACCCCUCACCACCCACUGGGUCCUAUGCAACGCUCAUUCCAAUGAUGCAUUUUACCAUGGCAGACCCUAUCCCCGCCGAGACACUCCAGGACGCACACGACGAUCUCCUCACCAUCACGUCUGCCAUCCAAGCUCUUUCGAGCUUCGCCCCCGAUGAGCUUCUGUUCCAGCGUGAUUUGUUGAUGAAGAUCGUCAAUAGAUUGUACAACGUUGAGAAGCUCCUCCCACAGCUCGAGGCCAUUGACAAGAACAAUCAUGCCAUUCUCUUGUCACACUACGACGCUGUUAUCCAGAAGAAGGAGAACCUCCUCCUCCACGUCGAACGUGCUCUCCAGGAGAAGCAUUACGUUCUUUGUCCCAACCGUAUCGAUAGGAUCCUGAUGAAGGUUCUUUGGGGCACUGAGAAGGGUUCUGCUAUGUGGGACCAGUCCAAGAAGACCUGGGAUAAAGAAAGGGCUGCGUUUACAGCGGCACAGGAGUCGUUCAACAGGUACAGAUCUGGAGGAAUCUAG